AUGGCUAAUAAUUCCUUCCCCGAAGACGGUGAAGGAGACCCCAUUGGAUGGAUUGGUCUUCUGAGGUUAAGGAAGAUGAAUGAAUUUGGUCGAGAAUUGAUCUGGUCAGAACAAAUAGUUAUCAGAACGUCUGAAAGUUAUGAACAAAGCGAACAAAAUGAAUAA